CCAUAAAGGCGUCUAAUAAUAAAAAAAAGAAAAAAAAAGAUAUUUGCAUUAUCUUUUCCAGUCAGAAAGAAUUUUGAUAUAAUUAUAUAGUAAUGGCUCUUAGUAAUGAUAAAGUUUCUGGUAAUAUUGAAUUAUUUGAAAGAAGUAGUACUAAAGAAUUUGGAGGAAAUGACUCUAAGGAAUUCAAAGAAAGUGGCUUUAAAGAAUUUGAAAAAAGUACUACCAAGGAAUUUAAAGCUCGUAAGUUAAUAGGUUAUCUUAUAAUCGAAUAAUAAUGGAAUUACUUAUCAUUUUUAUUACAUUCCAUGUAAUUAAAUAAUUCAUUUAAUGAUUAAAAUACUAUAGUCAGUAAGUUAUUAGUUAUUUAAACUUUUAAUUCUUUAUUUUGUUUAUUUUACAUAAUAUUCAAUAACUAAAUUCUUUUUUUAAUUAACUAUUUAAUAAUUAAUUGUAUUACAGA